AUGGUACAUUCAUCCUUUAAUUAUGUAGAGACGAUUAAAGAACGUAAAGAGAAGCAAGGUGAGACUGAGACGUUGAAAGAGAAGGCUGAAGAUAUGGCAGAGAAUGUGUAUUGGGCAUAUUAUGUUCAUUUGCCAUUCUAUGUGAUGACUGAAGGAGAUUCGUUCUGGCUGCAUGUGUUCUUUUUGUUGAUAUUUAGUAUGGGUUUGUUUGGUGUGUUGAAGUGGUUCUUGUUAUGA